GGAACCUCAACAUCACCAGGCCUUGCUGGAACAACAGUUUGGGACCAGGCAUGGACAGCUAAGAGACGCGAGGGGAGCUUUCAUCUGCCCACAUGACCGACUGGACCGGGUUGGACGCCAGCAUGUCCGCUGAGGGUUUCCUCUCUGCUGCAGAUACUUAUUGCCCCACAGAACCACUGCAGUACUAUGAUGUGCUGAGUGACCCACUGGUCUUCCCUUUGCAAGACCCCGACCUCCAGGUGCUCCCUUACAGCCAACCGCAGUUCCGCUCUACAAACCUCCCCGUCUCCCUCUAUGGAUCUUCAUCUUCAUCCACCUUAUCACUGUCUUCCUCCUCCCAAGCCUUAAAUAUUCCAUACCCAUACAGUCCUUACUGUACAGAGCCCCCCUGCGGUCCCUGUCUGAAAUCCCCGCAUGAGGGCCAAGGACAGAUGAUCGGGGUGGAUAGCUUGUCCUUGGGGCGAAGGAAACGACUGAGGCCUGGAGGAAGAUCCAGAGUGCAGCAGGAGCUCUGCGUGGUGUGUGGGGAUAAAGCAUCUGGAUAUCACUACAAUGCUCUCACUUGCGAGGGAUGCAAGGGUUUCUUCCGGCGCAGCGUGAGUAAAAAGGCUGUGUACCACUGUAAGAGCGGCGGUAACUGCGAGAUAGACAUGUACAUGAGGCGGAAGUGUCAGGACUGUCGACUGAGGAAAUGCCACGCCGUGGGCAUGCUAGCGGAAUGCUUGCUGACCGAGGUGCAGUGCCAGUCAAAGAGACUGAGGAAGGGAGCCAAGCCCAGGAAAGGUCCGGAAGCAGGGGAAGUCAGCUCCACCAGCAGGCUACCAGGACCGAUUCUGUCCGCCAGGUUGUCCCAACAGCAGAAGAACGUGGUGGAUAUGAUGGUGGAAGCCCAUCGGCAGUGCAGGACACUGGACUAUGAACACUGCAUGGUUUUUGCGUGGCCAGUCACAGAGGGACAGGGGACUGCGUCUGAGGAAGUACCGCCUCAGCUACACAGGAUGCUGCAGUUUGCCAGGACUGUGCCAGGCUUUCAUCUCCUGGACUUGUCAGACCAAAGCACUCUGCUGUCCAGCUGCUCUUUGGAGGUUAUGUUCCUGCUCUGGGCUCAAGAGAUCUCCCAUAACCCAGCAAGUCUCACCCCAGCCCUGCAGCAUUUCAAUGUUUCUAUUCACCGCUUGCUGAGAAACCUAGAGUCCAAGACCAUCAGCAGCAGGACUCCAAUGAUUUCAGGAAUCAAUGAGGACUUUUUAGUGCAAAUGCUCAACUUCUUUCAUAGUAUGACGGCAUUAAAAGUGACUGCUGAUGAAUAUGCCCUGCUCACUGCUACAACCCUGCUCUGCACAGACCGUGUGCCCCUGCUAGCUGCUGGUUGUGUGGAGAGUAUGCAGGAGCUGGUCUUGGAUCUGCUGUCCAGAGUCUGUGGUGCCCACGACAAGGCUGUGUGUGGAGGUGCCCAGCGUUUUGGUCGCCUGCUGGGGAGACUGACGGAGCUUCGAACCCUCCAUCACAACCAACUCCAUCUGCUGAGACUACAACCCUGACACGGAGGACAACCAGAGAAAGAUUCUCAUCUUGAAGGCAAAACCUGGUUGCCUGGGAAACCAGAUUAGCAUCAAGAGAACUGACGCUACUUUGGCCUCCCAUAGCUUUGUUGACAGAAAGUUCCCUUUAAAGGUCAUUUAACUCAUAUCAGUGUUAACACAAUACAAUUAACACUUACACUAUUUUAAAAAAAAAUUCCUCCUUUUCCUCCCUAAUUGUACUUGGCCGAUUACCCCACUCUUUCGAGCCGUCCCGAUCUCUGCUCCACCCCCUCUGCCGAUCCGGGGAGGGCUGCAGACUACUACAUACUUCCUCUGAUACAUGUGGAGUCGCCAGCCGCUUCUUUUCACCUGACAGUGAGGAGUUUCACCAGGGGCACGUAGCGCGUGGGAGGAUCACGCUAUUCCCCCCAGUUACUCCUCCCCCCCGAACAGGCGCCCCGACCGACCAGAGGAGGCAGUAGUGCAGCGACCAGGACACAUGCCCACAUCCGGCUUCCCACCCGCAGACACGGCCAAUUGUUUCUGUAGGGACGCCCGACUAAGGCGGAGGUAACACGGGAAUUCGAACCGGCGAUCCCCGUGUUGGUAGGCAACGGAAUAGACCACUACGUCAUCUCGACGCCCAUACACUUACACUAUUGAUCACUGUUAAGAAUUAAGUAUUAAAAUGUAAAAAAUAAAAAGUUCCUCUGUGUUGGUUUUAAGAAGUAUUACUUGGGUUGCAGUGACGUCACCUCCCGGGACUGUUCCUCUGUCAUUUCACAUUUUAG